CGUACAAGGCAUAGAUGCGGUCUUCCAUUUUCUCGAUCCUUUUGGCUAACAGUGUUGAGCACGUGUUUACUUGCCGGUCGACACAUAAAAGCACUAAUCAUUACAAUUAAUUAUAUAUUAGCCAUUACUGAUUACAUAUCCAAUCAUCAGUAAUAGUAAUUAUUAUUAAAUAAUCAUGAAUCCAGAAAAACUGAAGAAAUUACAAGCCCAAGUGAGAAUUGGUGGUAAAGGUACACCCCGUCGUAAGAAGAAGGUAGUACACGCAACAGCAGCAACUGAUGAUAAAAAAUUACAAAGUUGUUUAAAAAAAUUACAAAUUAAUGGAAUUCCUGGUAUUGAAGAAGUUAACAUGAUCAAGGAUGAUGGUACAGUUAUUCAUUUUAAUAAUCCAAAAACCCAGGCAAGUCUUGCUGCCAAUACAUUUGCCGUUACUGGACAUGGCGAAAAUAAACAAAUAGCUGAAAUGUUGCCUGGUAUUUUGAGCCAACUUGGACCAGAAGGUUUGAAUCAAUUGAAAAGAUUGGCAAGUAGUGUUGGUCAAAGUAAUGUUGGUAAAUCAGCACUCGAAGAAGAUGAUGAAAUACCAGAUCUUGUUGAAAGUUUUGAUGAGGCCAGCAAAGGAGAGGUUGCCCCAAAGAAAGACACCACUGAGGCUUAAAUUUUCUCAACAAUUUUCAACGUAA